AUGGCCUGUCUUGCGCCAAUGCCAAAGUACGUGCUGCCCGAUGCGUCCGAUGCGACUUUGGACACCAGCUUCGGCAUCCGUUCCCGACCUCCAGACGGCAAGGACUGCAAGGUGAAGGUGCGCCUUUCAAACGGCAGCUCUUUCGAGACCAAACUGCAUCAUCUGCUUCUCGACCCGCUCAUCACGGACUGCUCCAUGAAGCAGUCAGGGAAUGCAGGGCGUGCCUUUCUCAGAUGGCUGGCGGAGCGGAACAUCCGUCUCCAUUUCAUCGCAUCCAGCACACUGCUGAGGGCCAUCCAGACUGCACACCACAUGUUCGUGGAGCCGUGCCAAAAUGGCGGCGAAACCUGCGAUGUGCUGGUGGGGAAUCUGACGGUCUCACCCUUGCCCUACGUGGCGGAGCGCUCCGCCUCCAGACAGCCGCUCCAGGCAGACAACCUCCCAGCACCCUUGUCGAUGCAGAAGGACGUACUUCGCAGCCUGUACUCCCACGACAUCAUGGACGAUCGCUUCGUACGGCGCUGGCCCAGAUUGGCGCAACAGUAUCAGGAGUUCAAGGCCUUCCUAGCGUUGGUCCUCGUCCCCGCGCUGCUCUCGCCGCGACGGUCGACGCCCGGUGCGCGCGAGGCCUUAGAGGGUGCAGAGCCCGGCCUCUUCGCUGCAGGUGAUUUCAGGGUGCUGCAGCUGCCUGGCGGUGCAUACCGUGUCGGGCCGCAUUUCGACCGCGCCACCUACGAUGCCACUGAGGCUCCAGAGCUCAAUGUGGCGCUGGUGGGGCAUGGCGCGAUGAUGGUAGCUUAUCUCACUGUUAACAUGCAUUACUGUUCAGAUGUUGUGCUACAUCUUGAGCAAACGGCAACCACAGCCACAGCGAUCUUAAACCUGCUCCCUCUCUCUGUGGCCAGAAGCAGUACCCAAUACCGCCACCAUGGCCCAUCCAUACCUCCAGAAGCACAAUCGCCGCCACUGCUGACACCAGCACUGGUAACUGAUGGCCAGUAA